UUUAUUGUAUGUCUCCUUCCGAACGGCGUGUAGUCUCGCUCACUCACGCAAGUACGAGUACCAGUUAGAAACCUGAAUAGUACGGACGGCCGCGUGUGUACGAUUUUAAAAUUAUGAAUAUUAACGCGUUAUAUUUUGCGGUACUAUUUUUAAUACCAUACAAUGUUACCGCAUUAAAUAUUCUAGGCAUUUUUCCGUACCACGGAAAGAGUCAUUUUAUCGUAUUUAAAGUGUAUUUAGAAGAACUAGCAAAACGAGGCCACAAUGUAACAGUGAUAUCGCAUUUUCCACAAGCAACGCCACAAGAGCGCUAUCAUGACAUAAGUUUGUCGGGCACUCUCAAAAGUAUAGAAAAUAAUUUACCAUUCCGUAAAUCUUAUAUAACUGUGCUACAAAUGGGUUUAGAAUUAACAACUUCUGGAAAGGACAAUUGUGAAGUAUUGUUAGCUAAUAAAGCUGUACAAAAUAUUGUAAAAGAAAAACAAAAAUUCGACGUAAUGGUAAUGGAACAAUUUAACAGUGAUUGUGCUUUGGGCAUAGCUUAUAAGCUUCAAGUACCUGUUGUAGGCAUAUCUUCUCACGUCUUAAUGCCUUGGCAUUAUAAUAGACUUGGAGUUCCAAGCAAUCCGUCGUUUGUUUCUUUUCAUUUUACGGAUGGAGGCACGAGACCGACGCUAAAACAAAAACUUGAAAGAUUUGUUUUAGACAUUUAUUUUAAGACAAUCUACUAUUAUAUAAGUCAGAGACAUAAUCAGCAAACACUAGCAAAGUAUUAUGAUGAUAUUCCUCCUUUAGAGGAUUUAGCUAGAGAUAUAAAAUUUUCACUUUUGUAUCACAACUUCAUUUUAACUGGAUCAAGACUAUUCCCAGCUAACGUUAUUGAAGUAGGCGGCUUUCACGUAAAAGAAGCUAAACCUUUAACUGGAGAUUUGCUGAAAUUCGUCGAAGAAGCAGAACAUGGUGUCAUAUACAUAAGUUUCGGUUCAGUCGUUAAAAGUUCCACUAUGCCAGAGGACAAGCUAAAAGCAAUUUUAGAAAGUAUGGCUGAAAUGCCGCAAAGGUUUAUAUGGAAAUGGGAGGAUCAGACUUUGCUAAUGGAUAAAAAUAAACUAUACUCAUCCACUUGGUUGCCACAAGUCGAUAUUUUGGGACAUCCUAAAAUCUUGGCUUUCCUAUCACAUGCUGGAAUGGGUAGUACGACUGAAGCACUCUACUUCGGAGUACCCAUUGUUGCAAUGCCUGUAUCUGGCGAUCAGCCAUCCAAUGCUGCCGCUAUUGAAGAGAGUGGCCUUGGUAUACAACUACAGAUUGAAGAUCUUACGAAAGAGAAUCUGAUUGCUGCAUUCAAAACAGUUUUAGACUCGAAGUUUAGAGAUAAAGUAAAGCUUUUAUCGAAGGCGUGGCACGAUCGUCCUAUGUCUCCUAUGGAUACUGCAAUAUACUGGACGGAAUAUGCAGCUCGUUAUUCUAACUUAACAUUCAGAACUGCAGCUGCAGAUUUACCUUUCUAUGAGUACCAUAACUUGGACGUCAUUGCUAUUUGUGUGGUAUUAUUGUUAUCAAUAGGUUACUCAUUUAAAUUGAUUAUUUUUAAAUUAUGUUGUUCGAAAAUGAAGAAAGAUAAAAACGUUUCUGAACACGUCAGAAAAAGCAAAAUUUCAAAACGAACGAAACGUGAAUAAAGUAUAGUCCAAUAAUAUAUUUAAAUCUGCAGUAAUUUUACAAACCGAAAAUUGUCUUACCAUAAUAAAUCUAAAAUGUCCAGAAAUCUGUAUACUAAUAUUAGGAAGGUAAAUCCAAAAAAAUCCAUUAUUUAAAUUCUUAUUUUUUUUUUUUCGAUUUUAUGAGACGAAAUUUUAUGCACAGUUAAGAUUGUUUUAUAUAAUAAGAGUGCUUCAGAAACAUCGUACUCUUACUUAUCAGGUUCUUAAGAAAGUAAUUUCGAAUUAACCUAUAUGUCUCUAUAUAAUAAAAGUCAUCCAUACCUGUAACA